GUAAACCUGGGAGUAACUUCCGGGUCCUGAACGUCGGUGAUAAAUAUUUAUCGCUUUGGAAUAUGUAAAUAACAGUACAUUGAUGUAGACAAUGCUGCAUAAUAUAAAACGGGAUUUGGAAUAACUUACACUCGUCUGAUUAAAGGAGGCUCCCUCUUGCAUCUCAGACGAGACAUGUAAACGUCUCCUACAACAUCACGUACUACCUCAGCUGUGUACACGAUGCGGUUCAACAGCAAGGAGCUGGCAUAUGUAGCCACCCACUCCACCACUGUGGACAAAGAAGGCGUUCUUCGCAUGAAAGACAAACAAGAUGGACUAUUCAAGAAGGGAGAAACAUACCAAGAAAGAUAUUUCAGACUCAAGGGAAACUUACUAUUCUACUUCAAAAAUAAAGAAAAUAGAAUUGAGCCGCUUGGUGUCAUCAUCCUGGAGAGAUGUACUGUGGAGCUCGAUCUUAAGGAUGAUGUCAGCAACUCCUUCCUUCUAGUGUACGAGGGGGAGGACCACCCAUAUUACUUUGCAUGUUCCUCGGAGGAGGAGCGAGACGGCUGGAUCCAGGCUCUGCAUAUCGCAAGCUACGAGUGUCUCAACAUGCAGCUGCAGAGUCUCCGUGAACAGCUGCAGGCUAAGACUGGCAGAGACCCCAUUCAGCUGCCUUCUCACCAACAUGCAACUCUGGACUAUGAAUCUCAGGGAGAGCCCAGUGAAGAGGCUAUGCUGGAAAUAUCCCUUUCCUGUACUGACCUGCCUACAGACAGCAGUGGACAGCCCCCCAACCCUCUGGUUGUGGUGCACACCAUGACUCCCCCAGUACAGCAACUGUGGGUCAAACACAACCACACAGAGGUGGUAGAGAAAUGCUACAACCCCCAGUUUCUGAGGACGAUUGGUUUUGGUGGGAGUGAGGGUGUAGAGACAGGUACUCGAGUCAGGCUGACCAUCUACCAUGUUGUGGAGAGGAUGACUGGCACUAUGUCACAGCUGGGUCAGACAGUGUUCUCCCUGCAAGAUGUACUGAUGGCACCCAAGAUGAGCCUCACACAGAGUCUACAGACCAAUGAGAUGAAAGAUGGAGGGAAGAUCACGGUGAUGGCGUGGAUCAAUGAUGACAACACCUCACUGGUGGACAUACAGCGGGAGAAGGGAUCUGAAAGUGGUGCAGCCCAGAACCUCCGCUCCAGACCCAAGUCCCUCUCCAGACACAAGGACAACCUGAAGACCUACUUCGACAAUGUCAUCAGUAAGACAUUCCGAUUUGCCACCAACAAUGACAGCCAUGUUCUCCAGGUGCAGGAAAAUAUGGCCGAGAGUAAAUGGACACUGGACAUCCCUGCCAAGCUGCUGAAACUAUGGAUUGAUGAAGAGAAGCAGCGGAUAUCCCUGCUGCAGGACCUGGGAGAGCUUGUGCCUGAGAUAGAAGGAGAGCAGGUGAUGUGGAUCACACUAUCUGCAGCCACUGUAGCCUGCUACACCGACAUGCUGGACUCCAUCACUGAUUACAAAGGUCCGAGCUUCAAGCCGAGCUGUGAGAAGGACAACAAGGAGCUGGAGUUUAUCCCGGUCAACCUGCACGUCCAGCGGAUGACCGUCGCAUCGGAGGGCAGCAAUCAUGGUAAAGUCUACGAUGUGAUAACCCAUGGAGCCUUCACUGCAUUUUGCCAGAAGUUUAAGAAUGGUGGUUUACGAAAACUGCUGCAGUAUCAGAAGGACUUCUACUCCUCUCAGAGCACACUGGGCUUCCGGACCAAGAUGCAGCAAGCCUGCUCCCUGCUCAACGAUAUAGCCAAGCUGAAGACGGACAUCAACCAUGGCUGUGAGCGCCUGUGUCAUGCAGCCCUGCAGGGAACCGACACACAACUCCAGACAGAGAUGCAGUCACUCACAGAGACUGUGCGUGAGCUUGUCCGGCUCUGUGAGGACCCAAUAUUACAACUAUCUGCCGAGAAAUACAUGCAGGCAAAGUCUCCCUCCAACACAGGAGAUGGCCUUGACCUUGCAGCCUCUCUGGGUCACAUGAGUAAUGAUGGUCGUAGUCAAGGUGAUAAAUCUCCUGAAAAGUCAUGGAGGUGGUCAGGAAGUAACUUUGUCAGGAGCCCUACUGUGGAACCCUGGGAAGUGACUCGUCUCAAUCUGGAGGCAGCGAUAGUGUGCCUGGUCUCGAGGGUUGACGAACUGGUGACUAAGUCGUCCUCAGGCCAAACAACCAGCUGGCUAAGUGAGCUGAGUCCAGCAGUUAUCAAACUACAGAGUUUUGUGGAGAUCGUGUCCAGUCGGGCAACACUUUUCCUCACAUUCCUCUCCCUCAUGGAGAACAAGGACCACGUAAAGCUGAUGCACAUGAUCAAGAACAGGAGAGACGUGGUCACAGCACAUGCCAUCACAACACUUGUGAGUGGUUUAGCUGUCAACAUACAGACCAAUCACAAAGAUCCUAAGUACCUACAACAGCUCAUCAACAAUGGGGUGAUGGUUCAUUUCGAGUCGCUGCUGAGCUGCUACGGCGAGGAGCUGGCCAUGUUGGAGGAUAUGACAGUUGCUGUGGAGGACUUGGCCAGUGUCACCUUCUGCUUUGUGGAGGCCAAGGAUGACGUCUUUGAAGCUGCUCUGUCUCUGCAGAACUCCAUUAAGGGCGGCAUGUUCCCUGAUAUAAACAGACACUGCAUCCAUGUGGAGAUACCAGUUCCACCCAAUACAUAUGAAAACCUCCCUCCCAAGUUAAAACAAGGGAACCAUAUUAAGGUGGUGCCAGUCCUCUUUAGCAUCGGCAUCAAUGAACAGGCCACUCUGGCUGAAAAGUUUGGCAACACCACUCUGCAGGAGAGAGUCAAUGCAGAAAGUGUGGCUAAAGUCUUCAACUAUUUUGAGAAGUAUAUGGAUGACUUUGGGAAGUCAGGUGAGCCUCAGACAUCUGUAUCUCAGCUGACCAAGCAGCUCCACACCAAUGUGAUGACCAAGAAAAGCAAGAACGUGGAAGUACUGCACCUGGCAGCGGAGGUGUGCCGCAAGCUCAAGGGGGUGAGGUUUGCAUGCUGUAAGAGUGGAAAGGAUCGGACCUCCAUGUCCGUCACCCUGGAGCAAGUACAGGUGCUGCAGCAGGAACACGAUCUGGCAUCGCACGUCUUCUGGCAGUCGCUCGACUGCUUCCGGAGUGUUGGAUGCCGGAGAGAUAAUACACACAAGAAUACUGGUGUCAGGAAGUACGCCUUUAACAGCCUGCAGAUGCUGUAUAUACCCAAGCUCUACCGGGCACCCAAUGGAACAUAUGGGAACAUACAGACUUGAUGUGUCUUGGGUAGCUAGCAACAUAUAACCUUACCAUGUAUUGGUUACCUAGCAACAUACAGACUUACCGUGUAUUGGUUACCUAGCAACAUGCACAUUUGAUGAUUCUUAGGUACCUAACAACAUACAGAUUUACCUGUAUUGGUUACUUAGCAACAUGCAGAUUUGAUAACUCUUGGGUACUGCUGGCCUACAGACUAAAUGUGUCUUGGGUACCUAGCAACAUACAGACUUAAUGUGUUUUGGGUACAUAGCUACAUCUAGGUAAGGUUUCAGGUGCAUAUUGCCUCCCAUGGGAAGUUCCAACUAAACAUAUCUAAAUCCAGGGCUCCUCUAGUGAUCUGUUGCCUGUUACUCAAGUCUCACAAUGCCAAAGGUACACUUCAUGUUGUUCUAUUUUACUUCUUAGUAAGUAACUUGGAAUGUUUAUUUGUUUCUAUUGUUGGUGUAUUCAAAACCUCUGUGGUGUAAGGGUAAGGUACAUCACUGGGAGAUACGUUUGUGUUCAUGGAUAGUCAACUUGUGACUGUCUUAUACGAACAGUGAAUGUUUGCUCCUUUUGGAGGGUAUGGUGAGGUAGCCUAGUGGUUAAAGCGUUCACUUGCUACACUGAAGACUCAGGUUCGAUUCCCCUCAUGGGUACAAUGUGUGAAGCCCCUUUCUUGUAUCUGUUAAGGUUUGAACUGUUUGACCAUGUCGUUUUUAAUAAAAAUGUCUACACCAGGAUAUAUACACAGGUCCACCCCUGUAUGUAUACAGAUCUCCCCCUAUAUAGAAAGUGAGAUCUACCUGUGGGUAAAUAGACAUAUAAUCCCAAUUAGGUUCAAUUAAAUUCAUAUUAUUUCGGUUGGCCCAUGUGAAAUGAGAAAACAGUUUACAAUGUAAAGAGUAGCACGUUUUACAGAGAAAAAAGCAGUUAACUUAUUACGGAAGAUGUAACAGAAUUUCUAACAGCAGGAGCUUCUUUCGAAAUGUUAAAAAGUGUAUGGGCACAAUUGCCGCUAGUGAAAUGAAGAUAUUAGUCAGUAUGCUAUCCUGUCCACAAUAUGGAAUUUAUACUUAUCUCUAAUAAAAUUAUAUGCUGUACAUUCAAAUUAGUUAGGUUUAGAGGUCUACCCUUGUAUAUAUAUAAAUCUACACCUGUAUAUAUAGAUGUCUUCCCCUAUAUACUGCAGAUGUGAAGCAGUGUUUCCAGGUAUGUUUGCUUUUAGUAGGUAGCAGCCAUUUUAAUCAUCCAAUCCUCAUCUUAGGCACCCUUUACCUUGGGGUCUGCCCAAGAAUCCAGGGUUCCUCUUCAUAUUGUGAUCAUGCUUCUAGACAGUCCUGCCCUCAUGAUCUCCCAUUUGUUGGAAAAGUAAAACAUAUUUUAGAAGUAUUAUGUAUUAAAUGAAAGUUUCCAGCAAGAUGCCUAGGACAUAUUUUAAAAAGACUUGGUCUCGAUGAUUUUAGAUUUGAAAACUCUAAAGUUGCCAUGACCUAAUGAGUGAGGAAUUGGUGUUUGAGCGAGACAUGCUCAAGUGUUUCAGAACAC